AUAAAACAUCUCCAGUUGCUUUAAACAGGAGCUGCAGGAAGGAACGUGACGCCCCCCCGCGAAGGUGUAAAAUACGUAAACACAUAAACAACUGGUUUUCGAAGCGCCACUUUUCAGAAUACAACAAAGAUAUUGCGUUAGAGGUGCUGUCUUUGCCUGUUCGUGUUGGAUUUCUAGCAGUGUUCAUUUCGGGAGUGUUUCAGACGCAUUUAAAGCAUUUCCUACCAAAGAAAUGGUGAUGGAGAAGCCAAGUCCCCUGCUUGUUGGGCGGGAGUUUGUGAGGCAGUAUUACACACUUUUAAACAAAGCACCUGACUUCCUGCACAGAUUCUAUGGCAGGAACUCCUCUUAUGUACACGGAGGACAAGAUGCUAACGGAAAGUUGGCGGAGGCAGUCUAUGGUCAAGCCGAGAUCCACAAGAAAGUGAUGUCACUGCAGUUUAGCGAAUGCCACACAAAGAUUCGACACGUAGAUGCCCAUGCCACCCUGAAUGAUGGAGUGGUAGUCCAGGUGAUGGGGGAGCUCUCUAACAAUGGGCAGCCCAUGAGGAAGUUUAUGCAGACCUUUGUGCUUGCCCCUGAGGGUUCUGUGGCAAACAAGUUCUAUGUGCACAAUGAUAUUUUUCGAUAUCAGGAUGAGGUGUUCGGAGAUUCAGAAACUGAGCUUGAAGAGUCAGAAGAAGAGGCUGAGGAAGACCAGGAGGAGAGGCAAGAGUCUCCUGAAGUUGUGCAGGACAGUCCCAACAGUAGCAGCAGCACCUACUAUGAGUCUCAUCCUGUAACAAAUGGUGUGGAAGAGUCCUUGGAGGAACAUGCUCCAGAGCCAGAACCAGACCCAGAACCAGAGCAGAAGUCUGAGGAUUCAAAACCUGAAAUUGAGAAGGUUGCUGAGGAGUCUGAGGAGAAAGCACCUUCCCCUGUGCCUGUGGAGACACCACCCAGCACUGAGGAACCCCCUAAGAAAUUCUCCUGGGCGUCUGUAACCAGUAAAAAUCUGCCACCCAGUGGAACGAUGCCUUCAGGAAUCCCUCCCCAUGUUGUGAAAGCUUCAAGCUCACAGCCCAGGGCAGAGAUCAAGCAGGACUCGCAGGCCACCACCCUCAGGGUUCGAGACCAACGCACACGAGAGAGACCUGGUUUUGUUCCACGAGGACCCAGGCCUGAUGGUGUGGCACCUGAAUCUCAGUCAGGCAGAACUUAUUUCAGCUUCAACAAAGGGAGAGGUGACUCAGAGUCUGGUGAAAUGGACACCAGGAGGAUUAUGCGGUACCCUGACAGUCAUCAGCUCUUUGUUGGGAACCUGCCUCAUGACAUAGAUGAAAAUGAGCUCAAGGAAUUCUUCAUGACUUUUGGAAAUGUUGUUGAGCUGCGGAUUAACACCAAAGGAGUUGGUGGCAAGCUGCCAAACUUUGGCUUUGUUGUGUUUGAUGACUCUGACCCUGUGCAACGGAUCCUGGGGGCAAAGCCAGUCAUGUUCCGUGGUGAGGUACGACUGAACGUGGAAGAGAAAAAGACCCGAGCUCUGCGUGAGAGGGAGAACCGGAAUGGAGGUGGCCCAGAUGACCGUCGGGACCUGCGUCGCACUGAGAGGGGCCCCGGGGGUCCGAGGGGCAUUGUGGGUAGUGGAAUGAUGCGUGACCGAGAUGGAAGGGGUCCCCCUCCCAGGGGAAUCAUGGCUACUAAACCAGGCCUGGGCUCAGGGAGAGGAGGCAGUCAGGCUGGAGAGAACCGCUUGGCCAACCAACGCCGCUGAAGGCUUACCCCGUACAGUUUGGAAUUAGUACUACUCAUCUUUUCCAUUCAAGUUAAAUCAACUUUUUUUUUUUUUUUUUUUGGGCUCCCCUUUCUUUUGGCUUUUGAAUGUGACACAGCCUGUCAAGUGUCUUUCCUCUUUUGAUGUGAAACAGACAUGUAUGUGUUAAACAAGCUUUUGGCUUAAUGUUCUCAUCUAGUUUUUCAAGAUUUCUCAAACCAACUCAGAAAAAAUCUGCAAUGUGAAAUAAGGGACUGAUACUUAACUUUACUGAUACAGCCCAUCAUUUGGAGAAGAUGAAUUUGUUUGCCUCAAGGUACUUUUGUGACUGCUUCAAGAAUUCCUCCUGCAUAUUAGUGACCCAUUACUGUUUGAAACGAGGUGCAAGUUUUGUGUAACUGGAAAAGGUUACCUUUAUUUUCUUAUGAACAUUGCUUAAAACAAGUUACAUUAAUGCACUCAUCAAUAUGCACUAAUCAGUACAAUGUAAUAGUACGUUGACAUCCUUGGGAUGGAUUGAGAGAACAUGCUAAAUGUUCUUCAUUUUGGUGAGGCUGAUCUGGACUUCAGCUUGCUGUGACCAAUUUUUUUUUUUUUUUUUUUAAUUUUUUUAUUCCCCUCCUCUUGCCCACCCUCCCUUUUUUGAUCCUUAUCUAUGCUUCAGUUAUUGCUGGAAAGGGAACAAGGGUUUUUUAUUUUUUAAAAAAGAGCAAUUCUGGACUUAAAAACCGAUAAGCUGAACACUGGUGCAGCGGAGGUGGCGUCUCCCUUUCGUCAUUGCUCGCAAACAGUUUUGUUUUCCGUCCUGCCCCUUUUCAGAAGCUGGGAUGGAAUUUGAAAGGGCAGAGCACAGUAAUAAACACACAGCAACAUCAGUUUACUGUCUUUUGUUUUCUUUACUGUAACAUAAAGCAUAAUGGUGCCUUCUGUGAUGUCCUCCUAGUCUUGUAAGUCUGUGAGGAGGUGGUUAUCUGUCAGUGGAGAUGCCACAGUCUUUGAAGACCUUUGCAAUAUCUAUGGGGACAGUGUUGCUGGUGUAUCUCAUCACCCAAAUCUUGUAAUUUAUUUCAUGUUCCAGAAUCAUUUUUAUACAAGAGUUUUAUAGUGUGCAUUUCUGGUUCAUAAGACAAAAGGUGCCUGAAUAAACUUUUUUUUUUUUUUUUUUGGGGUCAACUGUUGAUCACUUUGACAAAGUGUUAUGGUCUUACAUGAAUUUAAUGUUCAAAAUCUUAGAUUUAAAAGCUUAUGUAGAAUGAACUUUUGUUAAAUUAAAACAUGCUCCUACCCCAAAAUGCAAGUUCUUCUGAGGAGCUAUAUAGUCAACAUUUAGGUCAUAUCUUUGGGGGGGGUGGAGUUGCACUUUAUGUAAAGCCAUGGGCUUAUAACUACGUGAAUACAGAAGAAAAAUAUGGCUGAACAUGGUAAAGUGAGGGGAAAAUAAGGACACGAUUUACAGAAUUAUAGACGGGAUGAACUUAAUGAACCUUGGACUGACCGAACUCUGCAGACUGUCCAAAUUGUCACUGUGCAACAUAAAUUAUUGAAAUGGCUGCAAAACCAAUUAAACAUUUUUGUUAUGUGUUCCUCUGGGGUUUUGCCACAGAUUAUUCUGUGUCUAUCUUUAACUACUUUUUUUUGCACUACCAAAAUUGACUCCAGUGUAGUGCAUUUUUUGGUCUUCCUUUGUCUCACCCUGUACUAAUUUCCUUUAUUUUGCUUCUGUGGUUGUAUUGAACUGUUGCAAGGUUUGCUUUUAAAAAUCUUUUGCACCCUGAAAUAUUCAGGAUUUUAUUUUGAGUUUAUGUAGCUUUCUUCCCCCCCCUCCCUUUCCUGUCAGAUGCCUAGUGGUUUUCUUCAAACUUCUUAAAGCCACUUCAGUGCUCGGCUGGAUUCGAAUUUGCUGUCCUGUGGGCUGUGUCUUCACUCUCCUGUGGUUUUAUACCUCUUGUGUGAUCAGCAUUCAGGAUCAUGUAGAACUGCAGUCCUCUGUCUGUUUGGAUGCCUAAAAUGUGUCACAGAACUCUGUGUGUGGGACAAUGGUUCUGUCAAGGGGAAACAGAGUGAAUGAGCCGUGUCCCAGCUUGCAUGGAAAAACUGCAACAUCUUGGUACUGAAAAUCUGAAAUGGCAAAAAAAAAAUCAAAAUUUCUGCUUAGACUUAGGAGUUACUGUUUUAUACUUGACUGCAAAGUUUACGUGCUGAUGUGUGAUUUACACACCCUUUUCUCAGCUCCCUGCAAGUUUAAAAAAAAAAAAAAACUAAAAAAGGCUGUGAAACUGUUUUUGGUUUACCCCAUGUUGAAAAUGUAUCCCAAGUCAUUCCAGUCCUCUUUCUGUGAGUCUAUAUUAACUACUCUCAUAGGUUUUGCAGUUGUGGUAAAAAGCAGGUUACCAUCUUCAUUAUUCUAUAUAUAUAUAUAUUAUAUAUUUUUUCCAUCCAGAUAUGAACUGUAUUUUAGGUGGAGCAUUUCUUUUCCAUUUUGAAUGUGCUG